CAAAGCGGAUACUUGAGGUGAGGAGACACGGAGGCUCAGCGGCGGCGGAACAACCGGGGCUUUUUGUUGGAUGAUCGCGCGGUUGACGAGAGAAAAGUUUUCUCAGGACACGAAGUUGUCAAGUGAGUUGAACUUCAACAAUAGGCGGACUCUAUCACAAGACAGUCGAGAGACAGGGAGUCACAGGACACAUGUAAACACUUGAUUCUGGACUUUUUAUAUCUAGAAAAGGAGAACAGACUUUAUUGAAGGUGAUAAUAAGAGCCUGAUAAUAAAAAACUUUAUGUCCAGAAAAAUGGAAGCGACCUUCUACGACGAAGCCGUGAAUGCCUCCAGCUCUCAGCAUGACGGGCCGACAGUGUAUGGCUUCAACCCCAAAACCCUCAAACAGACCAUGACGCUAAACCUAAACGACCCGAAAAACUUCAAGCCCCAGCUGAGCGCCAAGGCCCUGGACAUCCUGACGUCCCCUGAUGUCGGCUUGCUGAAGCUGGCCUCGCCUGAACUGGAGAGGUUGAUCAUCCAGUCCUGCAGCGGGCUGACGACUCCCACCCCGACCCAGUUCGUGUGUCCCAAGAACAUCACCGACGAGCAGGAGGGGUUCGCGGAGGGGUUUGUGAGGGCACUGGCGGAGCUGCACUAUCACCAGCAGACACCCGCCGUCCACCCUGACGCACAGACCGGCGCGGCCACCAGCAUGGCAUCCGGCUCUGCUGCGUCUGAGAGCGGCGGGAUUCCCUACAGCUGCACGGUGCGCGCCGACCCACCGGAGUACACAAACUUGGGGGCUUUCAGCCGGGCUGUGGGCUCUGCGUCUGCACCUGCCAGCGACAGGCACCCACCUAUGAGUUACCCAGCCGCCCCUCCGCCGUCCCACAUGGACCUGGCGGCCGCGGCGCAGCACCCGCGGCUACACGCGCUCAAGGAGGAGCCGCAGACGGUGCCCGAGAUGUCCGGCGACACCCCGCCUCUCUCCCCCAUCAACAUGGAGAACCAGGAGCGCAUCAAAGCGGAAAGGAAGCGCAUGAGGAACAGGGUGGCCGCGUCCAAGUGCCGGAAAAGGAAGCUGGAGAGGAUCUCCCGGCUGGAGGACAGGGUCAAAAACCUGAAGAGCCAAAACACGGAGUUGGUUUCCUCCGCCAACGUCCUCCGGGACGAGCUGGCUCUGCUCAAGCAAAAGGUCAUGGACCACGUUAACAGCGGCUGCCAGCUCAUUUUGACGCAGCAGCUCCAAGCUUACUAGGGACAAGAACCAAGGGACAUUUCUUGGGGACCAAAUGCAGCUUACAGUGGCCUGUUCAGCCAUGUGGGGGAAUCCCUGCGUGACUUUUCCACCAAAUCAUCCUCUCAGGCUGUGUCCACUAAGUUUCUGCAGACAAAGAGCAAAGAAAGGAGACUGAAAAGGACUUGUGAUGAUGAAUGAACAGAGCAGAGGCCACCAAACUAUUGCACAGACGGACAAAGCUCAGAGGAAACCCCCUCUGAUGGGACUUGUUAGAUAUUUCUGUCAAUUUUAUCUUUGUUUAUUUUCCACUCAGAAACUACAAGAAAUGUGUAUUGAGUCGAGCCAAGGUAGCAUGGCAUGUAUCCACACCUUCAGCUAAUUUUAAAUUGAUUAAGUCCCAUGCAGCCCUGCGCCCUGACAGACACCCAGAGCCUGCGUGGGAUCAUAUUGCAAAUGGACAGAAACACAAUGUGAACGAGGCGUUGCCCUGCAGAUCUCCCACUAUGUCAAGUAGCAGUGUGUGUGCAUUUAGACUUGAGUCCAGCACUGAGUAUCCCACCAGCGACUUUACAGUAUGUACAGAGUAACACUAACAAAAUAAGUUUCACACCUUUACGCAAGGACUCUUAUUGGUGUGUGUGUAGCGUUUACUGACAAAGAAACGGCCUUAUUUCUUAACCCCUUAUGUUCAUACAACUUUGUGAUAAAGGUGUAACUGAUGUUAGACCUGAAAUAACACUUUGUAAUAUUUGUACGCUGUUUAUUUUGAGCACUUCAGACUGUAAAUAUGACGAAAUAAAAUUGUUGGACACGCGUGACGUGUGAGUAA